CUUUCAACAGAGGGAAGCCUCUCCUGCUGAAACCCAAAAACACUAUCAAAACCCUAAAACCCAAAAACAGCAAUAGCAUUCCUAAAACCCUAAUUCGGAACCAACAAGCAAGCUACAGCCAUGGGUAAGGUUAAGGGAAAGCAUCGUUUGGACAAGUUCUACCACUUGGCCAAAGAACAUGGCUACCGUUCUCGAGCCUCUUGGAAGCUGGUUCAGCUCGAUGCCAAGUAUACUUUCCUCCGCUCCUCCCACGCCGUCCUCGAUCUCUGCGCCGCCCCAGGUGGUUGGAUGCAGGUCGUUGUUCAGCGCGUCCCCGUCGGCAGUCUUGUCGUCGGUAUUGAUUUGGUUCCCAUCGUUCCCAUUCGUGGCGCCAUCGCCGUCCAGCAGGACAUCACCAGGUCCGAAUGUAAGGCCAAGAUCAAGCGCAUAAUGAGCGAGAAGGGAUGUACGGCUUUUGAUUUGGUGUUGCACGAUGGUUCUCCCAACGUUGGUGGUGCUUGGGCUCAGGAAGCCACCAGCCAGAACGCCUUGGUUAUCGAUUCCGUGAAGUUGGCUACCGAGUUCUUGGCACCUAGAGGCACAUUUGUUACCAAGGUCUUCCGAUCUCAAGACUACGAGUCUGUCAAGUAUUGCCUUUCAAGGCUGUUUGAGAGGGUUGAGGUUCACAAACCAGCAGCUAGUCGUUCCUCAUCUGCAGAGACAUAUCUUCUAGCUUUCAGAUAUAAGGCUCCUGCAAAGAUUGAUCCACGCAUUCUUGAUGUGAAACAUCUAUUUCAGGGAUCUAUAGAACCCCCGAAAAAGGUAGUGGAUGUACUUAGAGGCUCUAAGCAAAAGAGACACCGUGAUGGAUAUGAAGACGGAGACACAACUUUGAGGAAAGUGUCAACAGCUGCAGAUUUUAUUUGGUCUGACAUUCCUCUUGAGAUCCUUGGUUCUGUUACUUCCAUAAGUUUUAAGAAUGAGACUUCUUUGCCCAUUCAAGAUCAUGCUUUAACAACAGAAGAGGUUAAAAUUCUAUGUGAUGAUUUGCGUGUCCUGGGGAAACAAGAUUUUAAGCACCUUCUGAAGUGGAGGAUGCAGAUUAGAAAGGAAUUGUCUUCCUCAGAGAAGACUGAAGCUACUGCUGCUGUAGCUGCUCAAAAUGAAUCUAAGGAGGAUGAAGAUGAGAAAAUACUCAAUGAGAUGGAGGAGCUAACAAAUGCUAUGGACCGCAAGCAGAAACGGAAGAAAAAGCUGCUUGCAAAGAGAAGAGCUAAGGACAAGGCACGAAAGGCAAAUGGGAUGCAAAUAGAUGCAUUGGAUGACGGCUAUGUUGACCAUGAGCUAUUUUCUCUCUCUUCUAUGAAGGGAAAGAAAGAUCUUGUGGUGGUAGAUUCCAUGGAAAAUGAGGAUGAGAAUGGUAACUUGGGUGAUAGUGAAAAUGAAGAAAUACAUGAUGAGGCUCAACAUGAUUCACCCAGUGAUGUAGAUUCUGAUGAAGAACGGAGAAGAUAUGAUGAAAAAAUGGAAGAGUGUCUUGAUCAGGCUUAUGAACAGUACAUGUCCAAAAAGGAGGGAAGUACAAAGCAGCGGAAGCGGGCGAAGGAACUGCAUUCUGAAGAUGUUCUGGAGGGCGGUGAGGAUGAUAAUCAAAAUAUCCAAUGUGAUUAUGAUUCAGAUAAAGACCCUGGUGAUCAAGAAGGGAAUCCUCUGAUGGUACCACUUGAUGAUUGUGAAGUUCCAACACAAGAAGAGAUUACGAACAAGUGGUUUAGUCAGGAUAUCUUUGCUGAAGCUGUUGAUGAGGGAGACUUGGAAAAGUCUGAUAGUGAAGAUGAAAUGCAGGCUGCCAGGCCAGAAAAGUUUCCUUUCCCUGAAAAGGACAUGGUAAAGUCAAGAAACCUUGCUGUAGCAUCCAAUCGUUCUCAACAUCAAUCUUUGAAAAAAGAAGAUGAUUUUGAGAUAGUCCCUGCUCCAGGAACGGAUUCAAGCGAUGACUCAUCUUCAGAUGAAUCGGAUUUGGAUGUUGACACAAAAGCUGAGAUACUAGCUUGUGCAAAGAAGAUGCUCAUGAAAAAACCAAGGGAGCAAAUGAUUGAUGAUGCCUAUAAUAGGUACAUGUUUGAUGAUGAGGGUUUGCCCAAGUGGUUUUUGGAGGAGGAAAGGAAGCAUCGCCAUUCCAUUAAGCCGAUAACGAAGGAAGAGGUUAAUGCUAUGAAAGCACAAUUCAAAGAAAUAGAUGCCCGGCCAGCGAAGAAAGUGGCAGAGGCCAAGGCCCGAAAGAAGCGCGUUGCCAUGAAGAAGCUUGAGAAGGUGAGGAAGAAGGCCAACAUAAUUUCUGACCAGGCAGACAUAUCUGAUCGUUCAAAGACGAAGCAAAUUGAACAACUAUACCGGAAGGCCGAGCCUAAGAGGCCUAAAAAGGAAUUAGUGGUUGCAAAGAAGGGCGUUCAAGUUAGGGUUGGCAAGGGUAAAAAACUUGUUGAUCCACGGAUGAAAAAAGACUUGAGAGCGAGUAAGGCCAAAGGCAAAGGCAAUUCAAAGAAGGGUAAGACUGGUAAGUUUCAGAAAGGGAAAGGGUCUGCAAAAGCUUCAGGACAGAAGGCACAAAAGGGUGGUUACAAAGGGAAAAAGACGGGCAUGCGUGAAUAAGCUGUCGGUUAAAUAUGAAAAUAGGGUCAUUUGCAAGAUAAAACCUCUUCAGAUUUUUUUAUUAUAUUUAUUGAUUUUGACCUCGAUUCUGCUAUGAGUCUAGGUGCGUAGAAUUUGCCAGAAGACAAACAAUGAAAAUUAAAAAAUUGAUUGAAAUGCAGCCGAGCUCUGUUGUCAGUGAAGCAAUUUUGUUCUUAUGGUCCCCUUUCCGUAUAUUUUUUUUUCUUAUUUUAAAUGUGUAGUAAACAAAUUGAUUUCUUAUUUUGAGGCCUCUAUUUUGCGA